AUGGAGGACAAACUCAUAGUUGCUGUCUGUGGACACCCGGAGCUGUACGAUUCUUUUUCCUACUUUUAUAGGAACAGGAAUAAAAAGGAUCUUGCUUGGAAGAAAGUCAGUGUGGAGGUCGGAGAAUCUGAGGAAGUGUGCAGAAAGAAGUGGAAGAGUUUGAGGGACACUUAUUUAAAGGAGAGGAAAAAGGAGACAGAGAAGAGGAGUGGGUCAGCAGCAGGUUCAGUAAAAAAGUGGAAGUACUCUGCGGUCCGGUCUUUCCUCGACCGCUUCGUCUCCCCUCGGGAGACAAGCGAGAAUAUGGUGACGGGGGAUGAGGAGAAUCAGGCCGCAGGGUACGACCAGCCCGAUGACCAGAGUGAGACAGCAGCAGCAGUAGAGCCGACUGGUUCUUUUGAUGGGAGUGAGCCUGGGUCCCCUCUGUCCGAUACUGCUGCUGCUUCCCCUGUCGCCCCUUCAACAUCUGCUGCUGUACCCAGAGCACCAAGAAGAAGAGCUCUGAAAAGGCCUAUGGAGCAGCCAUCAGAGGUGGAGCGGCAGCUCCUAGAGGCACUACGAACCCGUCCUGUAGCCCCAGCGCCGCCUCCACGCUCAGAGGAUGAGCACUUCCUCUUGAGUCUGGUCCCUUCCCUGGAGAGAUUGCCGCCUCAAAAAAAGGAAUAUGUCAAAUUUCAAAUGCAUAAAUUAAUUUAUGAAAACAGCACAGUUGUGCUUAAUUUGGAACAAUUGGAACCUAUAGAGUAGUUUUAAAUAAAAAAAGAGGCAGCAAUCUCUUCAGGGAAUGAAACAGACUUUCUCUCCUUUCUCCUCUCCUUCACUUUGGCCCUCACUCUUCCCUCUUCCAAGCAAGAUCCUUUUUAUUCCUGAAUGUAAAUAGUUGUAAAUGUUCUUUGUAUAUAGUUUUUAUAUUAUU